ACAAUACUCGAUCAGCAGCUUGUCCGCCCGAGUCCCGGUGGUCCGCAUGUGGAUAGAUAUUGAACAGCAUAUCUACAAAAGUAUCAACUUGUAACAGGAGACAUGCGUUUAAUUGGUUUAAAUCGCUCGACAAUAUUGAUUCGCGUGUACGUAUGCGCAGAUCAAUUGAUUUUUUCGAGAAAAAUUGCAUAUUGAAUCAAAUACUCGUAUUUAAAUACACCUCAUGGAUUGUGUGCAUUAAAGAGAUAUUACAAUGAACUGUUGGCAAAAAUCCAGACUUAAAGAAACAUGACUGACGCAUUCAACACAAUUUUCGAGAAGUAUGUCGACACUUUAGACAACUGGCAGCGACUAGUGGACGACAUCAGGAAAAUGCACCACGAGAUUUGGACAGAAAGUCGAAUAAUUCCAAUCAUAAGGCAACAUAGAGCAGGGAGUCGGGUGGAAAAGCAAUGUCGUAUCUUACCGAAAGGGAAACAAACCGAUGUGGAUUAUAAGUUUGAGGUGACAGGAAUCAUUGUGGAUAUGGAAAAUAAAAAUGGAUUCUACUGGAAAUUCAGCGAUUUCACCGGCGCACAUGGGAAAAUAUUUGUGUCAAACUCAACCAAAACGGAACUUAUAAGAAAGGAACACUAUCGCGAGAUAUUCACAGAAAACGUAUUUGAAUGGACCCCCAACGAAGAGGCUUAUCUGUUACUACCAGGGCAAUUCAAAAACAACGUUGUAAAAUUCAGUCAAUUUGAGUACAGGAGGGACGCCACACCCCCACACAAUAGUCCCUCCGUCCCUGGGAAAGGGGCAGUGAAUGAAUACGACAUCGUGCCAUGCUUGAGGAUUUCUGAGUGGCCACAGCGUGUUCACAAAAGGACUUACAAUGCCUCUGAUAUAACGAGACAAGUUCGGUCCAAAAUGGUGGAUGAUGAGCCUCUAUUUGUCGUUCCAGCGGGCGACCCCUGCUCUUUUGAGAAAGAACAACAGUUCAGACUUUCAUUUUCUCUGCUUGAGGUGAAAUACUUCGAAGGUUUGUCUGCUUAUUUCAGAAAACUAUAUGGCUUAAUUAAGUACAUUUUCAAAAUGAAGAUUGACCACCUAAAGUUGUUAGACUCUUAUCACAUUAAAUCACUUUUCAUUUCAUGGGUUGAUACUGAUUUCAAUCAAAUUUGCCAUGGUUUAACAGUCGACUUAAUAAAUUUCUAUGAGAUUGUGUAUAGAGCAUGCGAGGAGCAGAAAAUCGAACACGUGUUCAUAAAAGGAUGUAACAUUUUCCCAUACCACCAUAUAGACAGGGCAACGGAUAACGACAAAUGUACCCUUCUAGUUCUCAAAAAUAUAACGAUAUCUAGUAUUGCUCCAGAAUUGUGUAUCCUUCUUAGACAAGAUUUGCGACUUUCAGAGGAAGGUGAUAAGAACUGGUUGUCAAAAGCAGAAAUUAUUUUGGAUAGAUUGCAUGAAGGUUUUGGGAGGGCCGCUUACAUCGAUGGUUAUCUGACCAGACUGCUAAGUCUGGUGACAAAUUCCUUGUACGAAAACGUGCAGAAAAGGGAGGCUCUUGCACAUACUAUUUCUAAAAUACAAGAGGUAUUCAGAGAUUUUUCGAGUGAUGGUAAUAUAGUGCGCUUAAUCCCAAUGGUCAAUGCGACUCUGGAGCAUCUAGAUGCAGCCAACAGAAUUGACAGUCGACCAAUCGCAUGCUCCCGAGAAGAUGGCGUCAGUAUCAGUGUUCAUGUGGCAUUUCAGCAUUACCUUAAUCAGAAUUUUGACGAAAUGAUGAAGAUUCUGAAUGAAAUUCCAACAGACACUUUGGAAGAUCCACCAAAUUAUAUCGGCGUUUCCAUAACAAACCACCACAAGAAAUACAUUAAACUCGAUAAACCUCUCUGUUAUGUCAUUUCUACCUUUGAAAGAGGACACGCACAGCAAAAUUGUCCACGGUUUUACAUGGACCCCGUUUUAUUGGCCCAUCAUUUCAAAAUACAAGCCCGACUUCACACAACGGGCAAGGGUCCUGUCCAGACUGACCUAGAUACACUGGAGGCGUUGUCUGUGUGUCUGUCUGACCGGGCGCCGUAUCUCGGACGACUCUCCUAUAAGUCAUCGGCCUCCCUUCUCCUCCUGGGAUACAGGGAGACUAAUUUAAGCAUUGAUGCAAUAAACUUUGAUCUCCAGACUUAUCAUAGAAGUGGUGCAACAAAUUUUGAUCUACGUUAAAGAGGUGCAAUGGUGUUAGUCGUAUUUGAUUCAUUUUCUGUUUGCUAACAAAGAAAAGCUAGGUUUUAACUAUACGUGACUUGGAAUGAAAUUAAUAUUUGUCAAGAUGACAUUGUUAUUAUCAUUUUGUUUUGUAAUCCUGGAGAUUAUACACAUUGAAACAGAAGAUUAAGACUGAAGAUUGAAUUAAGGUUUAAUGUUUAUUUAUCAUUCAACCUCUUUUUCCACGUGGUCCAUAACAUCCCCCACAAAAAAUGAAUUAUGCAACUUAAAACGUUACAGAAAGCACAAUAUCUUGUUUAAAUAUACAUAAACAAAUGUUUAUUUAAAUACUUUUAUGUAGUAAAACCCUAGAAAGUAUAAUCGAUAUAGCAUUCAGCAGUGAGUAUGUUGAAGUGCAUGUCGGAAAUAAAAGGAGAGAAUGUCUAUAAAUUUAAAUUAAAUUAUAUAUAAACCUUAAAUAUAGACUUGACGUUAAUGGAAAAGAUAGGUGGAAAAAGAAAAAAAAUCUAUUUGAUGUCAGAAGAUUUAUUUACAUCGUUUUUGUCUAAAUAUUGUCAAAACACAUGAAUCACAUAAGGGAAACAAGGUCCUAGGUCGAUUCACCAUUGCUAGCCAAGAGUUGCUCUUCAAAAACCCAAGAUUUUUUGCAUAAUAAUAAUAAUUAUAUUAAUUGGAAGUCUUACUCUGGAUCGAGGAAACCGAGGGAUGUUUGUCCGUGUAUAUGUCGGUGUCCAUUUUUUAAAAUGCGCAAAAUUUUAACGAGUGAUUUUAAAGAAAGGAGGCUCCUAAUAUUUAUUUUCGUCUUAUGAGACGGAUUUUACAACUAUUCAUUGUUUCGUUAUUUUGUUUCUUUUUGGGGGACACGCAUCAUCCUUUUAAAUACAUCUUCUUUGAAUUUCUCCUUGGCUAGAAUCGAUGAUUUUAAAGAUUUAUCAAAAGUCUUCAUUUUCUUUCCUGUAAGAAACGAUGAGGUCAAAAACAUAUCUACUGAUAGCGAAACCAAUUUGUUCACUCAUGGCAUUGUAUGUGCAGUAGAGUUUUCUGAACAUCUACAAUUUUCGAUUUUUUAUCAAGCACAGUGAAAUUGGAUAUCUAUAUAUACGUAACGUUGAGAUAUUUGGGGGCAUUAAUAUUUGUGCAGUGAACCUUUUUCUAAUUGUGUAGAGGUCCCCUUAAAAAAACCACUUGGAGCUCAGUGUAUCAGUUCAAAGAAUCUUUAUUAAAAAAAAGGCCAAAGAAUGUAUUCGUAUAUAGUAAUUUGACCAACCAUGCACACAUUAAUAUUCGUUAUAAGUUAAAGGUACCUGGAUUUAAAGGAAGGAACAGAAAUUACGUGUAUAAGAAUAAGAAACCCAUUGACAUACUGAUAGUAACUGUCUGAAAUAUUGGUCUAUAAAAUAGUGUAAUAAAUGCAUCUUUAUCGAAGUGUAGGGUUAUUAUGCCACUGUCAAGACAGACGUUUUGAACCCGUUUAAUGUGCAGAUUUCCUAAACUAAGACAAUAUGUCAUGUUAGACCAUUACCUAGAGAGCUCGAGUUUACAGCCACUUUUGUUAAAAUACACAUUAAAUGCCGAGUGAAUUUUUUACCUUUAAGAAUUAAUAAUCUCAUAGGAAGAUGUAAAGUAUUAUGAAUUUCAUAUUGAAGUGAAAUCAUUAAAAAAAAUAUUCGCGAGGGUAGGGUGGAGUUGAGGGGUAAAAACGCUGUUAAGAUUUUAGCAAAAAAUCUGUAGCAUUUAAAUAUCAUGUAGGAAACUGAGCCCAACCUCUAAUUUACAGGAACUCUGAAUAAAAUCAAUUUAGAAAUUACUUAAAUUAAAUUAAAUUCUUACAAGAUUUGUUGAUAUUAUUUGAAAUUUAAAAAAAACCCCAACAUAUUCCACUGAAAUUAUUUUUUUCAUAUCUUUUAUGAUACUAUGUUAUAUCGUAGCCGGUAUCUCAUCUGUCAGAUACGGUACUUAAACAGAGGUGGUCAUGUACUCUCUAUAGCAGUGGCCAAUUAUAGCAUACACAGGGUAUAUAAUAGAAUAGAAUAGGAUUGAAUUUAAAGCAAUAUGAGCUGUAUUUUUUUAGAAUUUUAAUUUGCUGCAAAAACCUGCUAGUAUGAUAAGUCUGCAUAUAACUUAAACUUUUAUGAUUAAUAAGGUUAGAAAAAAUCAUUAAUUUUUGUCAAAGGAAAUAUUUCUCUUCUAAGGAAUUUAUAGCAAAUCAAUUUUUGUACAGGACGACAAUAAUUCAAAUUUGCUCCAAAUAACGCUUCUUAACGGCCUUUUCCACAAAAUAUGGCUAACAGAAAUUUAAAAACUAUGAUAUUUUUGUCAUUUUAGUAGAAAAGAACAUUUUAGUAAAAAAGAAAUUCAACAUGAAAAAUGCAGCUCAUAUUGCUUUAAUUUCUAGGGUCUCAUGUGGCAUGACAUAAAACGAUUAUGAUUACAAAUAAACAUAAUAAAUACACAUACAGUAAGACA